CGCGGCGGGUCAGCUGAUGGAGACGGCACGCGGAAACUGUAAAGCCAAUUGGAGUGGAGCAGCACUGGAUGUGGAGAGCCACCGGAGCGUUCACUGCACGUUAACGUCCCCGUUUCACGUCCACCACCGCGGGGUUAACUCUUCAACGUGAGCACGACUCCCGGCUCCAGCUCAGACCGCGUCUCUUAACGUGAGAAACAGAGAGAAACAGAGAGAGAGAGAGAGAGAGAGGGGGGGGCUGGGAUCCUCAGUAGGAAGUUAUGGCGCUCAGCGAGUCGAUGGUGGCGUUGAAUGGGACUCAGAUUUCCUUCAUCGGACAUGACUGUAAAGAAAUUCCAGACUUCCUUGGAGACACGUACGGCCACUUUGCCAGACGGCUGGAUCUCAGCUUCAAUCUGCUCAGGUCACUGGCGGGCCUCAAAGUGUUCACUGAGCUGGAAGAGCUGGUCGUCGACAACAAUCUGCUUGGAAAUGACCUGCGGUUGCCCGGGCUGCCCAACCUCCACACCCUGACACUCAAUAAGAACCACCUGACUGAUAUCGAGGCCCUGCUGGAACACUUGGCUGAUGUGACCCCGUCGCUGGAGUACCUAAGCCUGCUGGGAAAUGAGGCCUGCCCCAACCAGCUGGUCAGCCCGGAUAAGGACGAGGACGACUACCAGAGAUACAGGUACUUUGUUCUGUACAAGCUGCCCCAGCUGAAGUUCCUGGACACGAGGAAAGUCACCCAAAAGGAGGUGAUGGAGGCCCAGGCGAGAGGAUCAUUCAUGAAAGUGGUCAAACCGAAGUCAGAAGCUCCGCCUAAUGACCCUAGGUCUGAGAGUCACCCACCGUCUUACACUCCCCUGCCCCGAGGGUCCAGAGACGCCAAGAACCACAAAGGGGUAUUCGCUAAGUGUCGCUACAUCUACUACGGCAAGCACUCAGAAGGCAACAGAUUCAUCCGCAACGACCAACUCUGAUGGAGAGAAUGUGGUCGGACACAGAGAGGGAGACGGACGAGGACAGAUGUCAGCAGAAGGAAAGAUGAUCGAACAAAUCCUUUAUUUAUUAAAUGCACUGCUAAAACGUAGGUCAGCGGUUUUGCCGAUGGAGAAUAAUUUCAACUUUAGCAAAAAUAUGUUGUUUAUACAAGGUGAAUGCUUUUUUUUAAGAUCUUAAGAUGGUACCCCAGCACUUCGGCCUCCUCUGAGCUCGGUCAGCUUCCAGCUCAGAGUCGGACAUGACACUCCCACUGACAUGAUUGCCUCUAAGCAUCAGCAACUGCACAGCUACAGACACACACAGGAAUAAGGACAGUCUCUCUCUCUCUCUCUCUCUCUCUCUCUCUCUCUCUCUCUCUCUCUCCCUCUCCCUCUCUCUCUCUCUCUCCCCCCUCCCCCUCUUACACACAGAUCCGUUCAAUUGCAUCCUUUUCUUUGACAGCCAUGAUGGAUCACCCAUCCACUGCCGCCACUAAUCAAGGGUGAAAGGGGUGACGGUCACACACCUGGGGCCUGACAUAGACUCAUCUCUCUGUCUCUCUCUCUCUCCCUUUCUCUCUCUCUCUCUAUUUGUAUCCUUUACUUACACACACACACACACACACACACACACAAACACACACACACACACACAUUACUGCUGUUUGAAACAUAAAGACAUCAACGGAACAGGGUUUUGAGGCAUGAUCAGUCUGGUUUGUGUCAGAGUGCAGAGUACUUCUUAUUUUAUUUGAACGCAUUUCAUUGAAUUUAUUUCAGUUUAGAGGAGAAAGAGAAACUUGUUUAAGAAAAAAAGAGAGAUAUACAUUUGAUAUUCAGGCAAGGAUUUAAUUUGUUUUCUGUCAUUAUGAACUGUUUUUCAGGAAGAGAUGUGUAGAUGCAGCUUUUAACGUCAAAACAUUCCAGUAUUAGCUUUAAUGAAGUUUGCAUUCCAGGUGUAUCUUUGUGUUAUUGUGCACUGCGUGUCUUCAGCCAGUUUACUGCUUUCUAUUGUGAUGACUUUUACAUUUUCAGAAAAUUGCAUUUGACACAAUAUCGACCACAAAGUUAGAACCAAAUUUGUCCACUGUUCACGAUUUAUAGUACUUUUAAGACGGUUACACAGUGAAGUGUGUUAAUAAAGAAUUGGAACAACAGCAGAAAGUAAAGUGCUGCCAUUUUAUAAUAUCUGAUUUUAUAGUUUUGCAGGCAACCGUCCAAUCUGAGAAUCGGAGAUGAAUGAAUGAUGUGAUGGAUGUAAUGUAAAACUGUGUAAGCCGGCUUCAAGAAUUAAAAGAGGUUAACUUAU